GUUAAAUGCAGCUGAGUGAUGGAUGGUCUACAUGCAGUGUAAUAGAGCAUGCACUGCAUUUAUAAGAUCCAUACAGUAGGCCUACUCACAAACAUGAAAUACUACCCCCCCCCCCCCCCAAGUUUAAACUAUGCUAAAAGUACAUUAACGUCGGAGUGACAAAAUUGAAGGGGAAAUGAAGUCCAGUUCCCUUUUCAUGUUUUUGGUACUCUGUACAUGACAACAAACACUAUUGCCAAUUAGUUUGCAUUCACAUUAAAGUGACCAUGACUAAGGGGGGAAAUGUAGUCCAGUUCCUUUUUCGUAUGCAUGAUAUCAAACAUUGCCAACUAUUUCAUGUUCACAUGUAUCCAUUUCCUUUUUGGAUGAUGCUAACAAACAGUAUUGCCAAUUAUGUUAAUGGCACACUGGGAACUUAAUGGACGUGUCUUUACUGUGCGCACACCAGACAGUCUAGUUACUUAUUCAUAUAAAAGCCAUGUACGAUCAUAUUGUGAAAAUAAUCACUUUGCAUGCAGCUAAAACUCACUAUUGACCUCAACUGACUUCAUUUAACCUUGAACUCUUAGUCAUGCUGUGUGAAAUCUUUGUACACUACUGGUUUGUCCUUGGUUUACCAUGUGCGGUACUUGUUGUUGUACAUGAAUAAACACUGUACCUUCACAGUCAAUGGUGUGACAGCAUUUCAUCUUUUGAUGAUUUAAUGUGCAUUUAAAAUCUGCAAGGUCAAAUUUCUGAACCAAUUCAGCAGAAACUGUUCCUUAUUUUGUGACACAAAUAAUGCCUUUCGCUUAUAUUUAGUCAACUAAUCGGAAGAACUGGGGCCCAAUUUGAAUGGGCUGCAGUGUUAUGUGCUUAUGGGGUGUGGCUCAUUGGUCGUAAGCACAAACUGAGAGCCAUGAAGUUGGGCCCUAGUCACAAGCGAUUUAAAGUUGAGUAUCGAGAGAUGGAUGAAAAACUGGCGAAUCUCUCUGAAGAUGAGUACUUCUCUGAGGAGGAGAGGCAGGCUAAGAAGGAGAAGGUCGUGAAGCACGUAGAGGAGGAGCCAGAGGAGAGCGACAUCGAGGAGCCUAAAGGUCUUGAGGGAGCUGCAUUCUCAGCUCGACUCCCCAGUGACAAGAUGACUGCCCAGGAGGCAGCAUGCUUUCCAGAUAUAAUCCAAAGCCCUACACAGACACAGAAGCUGUUCUUGUAUAUCCGCAACAGACUGCUUCAACUAUGGUUUGAGAAUCCUAAGAUGCAGCUGAUAUUUGAGAAUGCACUGCCACAGAUUGAAGCUCCUUACAACAGUGAUGUCCAACUUGUGAUGCGGGUCCACGCAUACCUCGAACGCCAUGGUCUCAUCAACUUUGGUGUCUACAAGCGUCUGAAACCCCUCCCCACCAAGACCAUGGGGAAGGUGCUCAUCAUCGGGGCGGGUAUCUCCGGUCUAGCCGCAGCCUCACAACUCCAGACGUUCGGUAUGGACGUCACCAUCCUGGAGGCCCGGGACCGGGUUGGGGGCCGGGUCACCACGUAUCGUAAGAAUAACUACGUGGCCGAUCUCGGAGCGAUGGUGGUGACGGGUCUUGGGGGUAACCCCAUGACCGUUGUAAGCAAACAGGUCAACAUGGAGUUGGCCAAGAUUAAACAGAAGUGCCCACUUUUUGAGAGCGGAGGUCAAACGGUAUGGACGAUUCCCAAGGACAAGGAUGAGAUGGUAGAGAGAGAGUUUAAUCGUCUCCUUGAAGCAACAUCCUUUAUGUCUCAUCAGCUGGAUUUCAACUUCAUUAACGGCAAACCCGUCUCCCUCGGUCAGGCGCUGGAACUAGUCAUAAAGCUUCAGGAGAAGCAAGUGAAGGAGAAGAAAGGUGAUUAUCUAAGGACGUUGAUCAAUCUCCAAGAUCAAACCAAGGAGAAUCAAACACAGCUUCUUGUACUUCAAGACAAGAUUAAGGAGCUCCACAAACAAUACAAGGAGGUCUCGGAGGCCAAAUCACCGCGGGAUAUCACCGCAGAGUUCCUAGUACGCAGCAAGAUGCGCGAUCUAAACACUGCCCUCAAGGAGUACGAUUCACUCGUCUUUAACCAGAAAGAACUCGAUGAGAAGACACAGGAACUGGAGAAUAAUCCUCCAAGUGAUGUUUACCUCUCGUCUCGAGAUCGUCAGAUCCUGGACUGGCACUUUGCCAAUCUGGAGUUUGCCAACGCCACGCCCCUCUCCACCCUCUCCCUCAAGCAUUGGGACCAGGACGACGACUUUGAGUUCACGGGUAGUCACCUGACUGUGCGGAACGGCUACUCCUGCGUUCCGAUCGCACUGUCCGAGGGACUGGACAUCAAACUGAACACCGUCGUCAGACAGAUUAAGACCAGCCCAAACGGUGUGGAAGUCCUUACCCAGAGUACUAAAAAUCAAAGCGGUAUGUACACCUACAAGGCAGACGCAGUAGUGUGUACUCUACCCCUUGGGGUGCUCAAGCAAUCCCCUCCAGGGGUACAGUUUGUCCCCCCACUACCGGAGUGGAAGACAAGUGCUAUACAUCGCAUGGGUUACGGCAAUCUCAACAAGGUUGUCCUGUGCUUUGACAAGGCUUUCUGGGACCCCUCAGUGAAUCUCUUCGGUCAUGUAGGAAGCACAACGGCCAGCCGCGGAGAACUGUUCCUCUUCUGGAACCUCUACAAGGCACCAGUACUCCUCGCUCUGGUCGCCGGUGAAGCAGCGCAGAUCAUGGAGAAUGUCAGCGACGAUGUGAUCGUGGGACGAUGUCUGUCUGUACUGAAGGGAAUAUUUGGAGCUAGUACUGUUCCUCAGCCAAAAGAAGCAGUUGUCACCCGUUGGCGUGCCGACCCCUGGUCCAGGGGGUCCUACUCCUAUGUUGCGGCAGGGUCAUCCGGGAAUGACUACGACCUGAUGGCAACCCCCAUCACACCGACCCCAGUGGUCCCGGGUGCACCUCCCCAACCCAACAAUAUGCCCAGACUGUUCUUUGCCGGUGAGCACACAAUCCGGAACUACCCGGCCACCGUGCAUGGGGCUCUGCUGAGCGGACUGCGGGAGGCCGGGAGAAUCGCUGACCAGUUCUUGGGAUCCCCGUAUGCCCCUCAGAGACAGGUGCCCCCUGUUGCUCAUCAGACUGCCUAAAAGAGACAACAGUGAUUGAUACCCAGGAGCAGGGCCUUGAAAUAACCCAUAGCACCACCCAGCACUUGCCGUGGUGCCCCUGUGCUUUUGCUGUGGUGCCCUUUGCAAACUUACAUUUUCCCCAAUGAGGUGCCCCUACCAGUGGAAGAAUUGCUGUGCCCCUUCAAGAAGGAAGUUCAAGGCCUUCAGGAGGAUCAUCUCACAAUGUAUUGUCAGCUUCUAACUACAAGGACCCAGUUUUUCGUGGAGCCAUGUUUGGAAAAUGUUUCCCACUAAAUUACAAGGGAUCACAAGGCAGGCAAUUUACAAGAUAAACUUGACAAUGUGUUGUAUAAAACUAAGUUCACUAACAACUGCACUAGUUUGGCCGGCUGAAGAAGAUGCCAAUUUAUGCACUAUGUACGUGGGCUAUUUUGUUCGGUGGAGGUACAGUAUACACACUUUGCUUGCUUGCGGUUUGAGAUGUUUGUGAGACACCUCUGCAAGAAGUCUUAAGGAUCCCUUUAUACUAAGGAAGAGUCUUGGACCAUAGGCAGACACCCAUUGUGUGAAAGUAUGGAGUAGUCCUACACACAUUAGUAUUUUUAACGUUCCAGUGGAACUUUGCGAUGGUCUAACGAAACGAUCAAUGUGCAAGCACUGGAUCCAAUUAGAUUGUUCCUACCAUUCCAAUAUUUUCUCGUAAGGAAAAAACUGCCAAGCCUGUAAAAGAACGUUUAUGGCCUUAAUGCAAACUGCCGUUUUCUAAAAUAAACUCCUUAAAAAAGAAGAACAAAAAACCUAUAAGAACGCUCGGAGAACUUCAGUUUAUUUUGCAAAAUCAGAGCAAAAUGUUUUACUUUCCCAAGAUAGAAUUAUACGCUCUUGGGUGGCACAGUCCGGAUUUUGUGGAGAAAAAUUGUUUCGCUGUACAAAAGUGUUUUAAAAAAGUCUGUGCAAUUUUGGGUUGAGUAAAACUCAAUUAAAUUCGCUUGCCUAUAUUCCGACUCCAAACAUGGCCGACAGGAUAGGUGCAUAUAACUGUUUGAGUAAGCUGCACAUUUUGAAGAGGAUCAAUGUGUCCCAGAGCUGAUGUUUCUCACUCCCUCCCCAGCUCUCUUUUUUUCCAUGAGAGUUUGUAAAAUAUUUCCCUGUAAAAAAAAUUCCUUGUGUAUAUAUACUUGAAGGUGCCACCAUGUUAGGUCUUAAAUGAAGACAAUAUCAUCAACACAGCAAAACCUUUUCACUAUUUGACCAUACAAUAUUUAAUGUAAUUAAAGAUUCACUAUGUCGGCCUGCACUAUGAUAUUAUGUGAUGACUGUAUCUAUGCAGUACACAGUCAACCCACCUACUGUCUAACGAUUCGAUAUCAUCCACUGUUUUAAUUAUAGAUGCAUACAUGUAAUAUCAAUUUACAAUAUGAUACCAUGUUGUGAAUACAUACGGCAAAGUACAAGGUUAACCCUCCUACUGUCUAACCAUUCACUACCAUCCACUGUGGUUUUAUACACUAAUCCUCCCUGCAAUGUGGUAUGUGGCGAAUGCAUCCAAACAGUGCCCAGAAAAAUAUAUGCACCAUUAUUCAAAAGCACACAACCCCUUGCUGUUGAUUGGUUGGUCAACUCACUGUUUAUGUAAAUAAUAGUAGGAGGGUUAACCUUGAUUAAUUUUAGUAUAAUUAUCACCAUGUGCCCGAGACGUUGCAAAUUUAAAAACAGAAAGUUACUAAAAUAUUUGUAGGAUCAAUGUCUACAAAAAAUGAGACAAGAAGUAAAAAACAUUAUACGGUUUUGUCAUUGAAUUGUAGACUCUUUGCAAAUAUUGGAACAAUUUGAAAAGAUCAGUUCAGGACAUGACCUUUACUGUUAGAGUGUGAUCGGGUGGACGGUGGUCCAAUCUUGUACCCGAUUUUGGGCAUUUGGCUCAUGAUGGCUAUAGUCUCAGAAGGGUUACAUGUACACCUCAAAAUGUGAUCGUAGUCAUACAUGUACUUCCAAUCUUGCUACAAAAUGUGAACAGUCCGCUAUUGCUGUACUGUGCAUUUUUUUUCUUUUUGCAGUGACGUGACAGUAGAGCGGCAAUGAUGCAUCUUUGUUGUUGGUUUUGGUGUUGUGUAGUAAGGACUUAAAGGGAUUGUAAACACUUGGUAAUUGGAACCCACUGUUUGUUUCAUUCCUUUAUAGGUGUAGGUAUUAUACCAUCCAACUGAAAUUGCAAACUGUGGUAGCAUUUUUGAGAUAUGCCUCAAUUCUAGUUAUGCUCUCGCAAGAAGAAUGAUCUGCAUUUGGAAUACACAAUUUCAGAACUGUUACUGUUAGUUAUGCUUCUCAGAUUCAAAUUUUGGGGGAUAAAAAGUCGCAUUCAAUAACUGCAGUACUUCAAGGUGAAAAGUUUCUCAAAAUACUUUAUACUAUCGAAAGCUGCUGUACUUCUAACGAAGUUAGUUUUGAUUGCCAUUUUCAGAGUCAUUACCAAAUGUAUACAGACCCUUUAAUGAAUUCAUAAUCAGUGGAGUUCAAACAAGGUAGCAUCUUUAACACUGUUUGGUUUUCUUUAAAGACUUGUUAUUUAUUUUCCCUUCAUGUUGUAGUUGUGAUCAAUCUUUCUUAAAAGUCCAUUUUGUUACUAUUAAGUUUCUUUACUACUUGAAUAAUAUAAGUACUUCACCAACUACAAACUGAAAA